AAGCUUUAUACUGGUUUGUGUUCUUAAACCUAGAUUCUGGGUAAUUUAUCUGUGAAAUCACUGAUCUAGAUAAAUAUAUGUCUAUGAUCUAGAUUACAUUUUUUAAAAAGUUGGAACUGAAUUUCAAAGAAGAAAACAAGUCCAUUUUUAGGUAGGAAUGAAAGAUGAGAAGAAAUGGAAACCAAUGUUCACAGGUCUUCUUCCACUGACGACUUAAAAAUAAUUCCGUCAUAUGUUUUGGAUGACUUAAGCAGCCGUUUUAUUAUUAACAGUCGUCCUGAGGAAAUUGUAUCUAUUAUUAGAAUUUUUUUUCUCAUUGAGAAUGCUUAUUGGUUUUACUUGGAUUUUCAUAGAGUAGAAAAUACACAACUUAAAGAAUGCUCACUUAAAGAGUUUGCUUAUAGCUUGAUAAAUCAUUGCCCACAAUUGAAACAUUAUGCAGCAGAGUUUGACAAGCACUUUGAGGACUGGAAACACUACAAAAGAACAAUUAGAACCUGUGGAGCAAUUAUUCUUGACCCAGAGCUUAAACAUGUUCUGUUGGUUCAAAGUUUUUCCAGUAAAAAUAGCUGGGGUUUUCCAAAGGGAAAAAUUAAUCUGAAUGAACCUCCUGAGGAUUGUGCAGCAAGAGAGGUUUUGGAGGAAACAGGGUUUGAUAUCAAACCCUACAUGGAUCCUGAAGAAUACUUAGAAAAAUGUUCGAAUGAGCAAGUCUCCCGUCUGUAUAUUGUUGCCAAUGUUCCUCUGAAUUCAACAUUCACCCCAAAAACAAGAAGAGAGAUCAGGGAUAUUCAAUGGUUUCCUAUGGACACACUUCCUACACACAGGGGUGAUCAGACGUUAAAAGAAACAGUAGGGCAGAGUUUUAAUUUAUAUACCAUCACACCGUUUCUCAAGCCUUUAAGAAUAUGGAUUAAAAAUAAAUUCCUUGAAGCAUCAUCUGGUUCAAGCAGACAAAGAAACAGACAAAAACAACAGAAACAGUUUUCUCAACAAAAUUACACGCAGUACCAGGAAUUUAUGCAGCUCAAAAAAGGGAAAUCGACAGCUAAGAGUCCUGUUGGUCAAAGGUCUUAUACAGCAGGUGUUCGGUACUCAAGAGACAUAAGUGACCAGGAAACAAAUGUUAAGCAGGGAAGGAGAGGCAAGACUGUGGUUCAAUCUUUAUUUGGUAACAAAGACACAGCCCCUGUGCUAGAGUUCAAGGCUCCAAUUGUAGACAAAAACUCAUUUUAUUCAAAGACUUGGUACAACUUCACUGUCAAUGAAGAGCAGUUGAUGGCAUUUUUCCCACAUGAAGGCACUUAUUUCUUGCCCUCUCAUUUCAGUCAGCAGAAAGAGUUAGUUGGGAAAUAACAAACAUCCACUUACAACAUUUUUUUUAAUGAUUGUUCUCACACAUCCACUUACAACAUUUUUUUUAAUGAUUGUUCUCACACAUCCACUUACAACAUUUUUUUUAAUGAUUGUUCUCACACAUCCACUUACAACAUUUUUUGUAAUGAUUGUUCUCACACAUGCACUAACAACAUUUUUUUUAAUGAUUGUUCUAUGUGUUUCAUUGUUCAAUAUGUUUAUUCUUGUACAGUACCUUUAGUUGUUUUUUUUAACUAAAAAAAAACAACUGUACCUUGGAAUGAUGACUAUAUGCUGAAUGUGUUACAAUAAAUAUAUAGUGAAAACUUUGAUGAUAGUCA